AUGGCGGCAGCGGACUUUGAGGACGGCGGCCACGACUUUGAUGGGAGUGGCGCGGGGCGGGCGGCAGUGGGCUUUGAGGCGAAUGUCCCAUAUCUUCGUCGCGACACUAUAGACCAGACGGAGGUUGCUAUCAGCACCUACUAUAGGGAUUCACAUUUUCUGGACCUGGUUGAAACUUUAAAUGUGGUCGGCGAACAGUGCAAUUCAGAUUUAUUGGGAAGAUUUAGAGCAUCAUGUUUUGGGCAUUUCACUGAUUGGAGGCCCGGCGCGAAGAGCAAUAAAGCAUUACACCAGAUUGUAUCGAGGCAGAUUGUGUCAGAAGAAAAUGAGAUCUGCUUCUUUCUGUGCGGAGCACGAGUCAGAUUUUCCCCUGCGGACUACGCAUUAGUGACUGGGCUCAAUUUCGGGGGAUCGAGGUUCGAUGCGACAUUACAGCAUGACUGCAGUCGCGUGGAGGCAUACCGACGAUUCUGCGGUACGCGAAGCAUGACCAUACAGUCGCUCAUCAAACGCGUGUGCGAUUUGGAUCGUCGAGUGGAUGAUGAGGAUGGGAGCCUGUACCUUCGUGCUGUCCUCGUGUGUGUGGCUCACACCCUUGUUCUUGGGUUGGAUGCGCGGGUACAGCCGUGGCUUUGGGUUUUGGUGGAUGAUCUGGCUGCGUUUGAUAGAUUCCCCUGGGGCGCGUAUUCAUAUAAGAUGUUAUGCCAUUAUACGACAGAUGUUGGAACCGGCGAGAAAUAUCACUUCUACGGUCCUUCGUGGGCUUUAUAUGUCUGGGCAUUGGAGCGCGUCCCGGGCUUCGGACACAUGGUCGCAGCAUCUAGCGGUGAUCCGACAGCGCACCCUCGGUGUUUGAGAUGGACUUUCAGGGGUAAGCCGAAGCUUCACGGUCUGCGCGAUCUAUUCGAGGGACAGGGUGGUGUCAUGCCCCUGGAGCCCGAUGCUGACGAUCUGUCGAGUCACUACUUCAUAUCAGCGUUGACACCGGGCGAACUCUCGGUGAGCUUCAGGCCCCCCGACAACCCAUUAGCUCGGGGUGUCCAAUUUCCACAGGGCACCGGAGCCCGUGUUGUGGAGGAGCGCGGGGACGAGGAUGAUGUACCUAGACAGCCUCGUACGACUCGCAGUCACAGUGUCCGGGGCCCUGUGAGGGAUGAUCGACAGCACGAGCCGGCUCGUCAUUCAGUAGAUCCGGGCUUUCGCCCUGUGAGGGAUGCUCGACCCCACGAGCCGGCUCGUCAUUCAGUAGAUCCGGGCAAGCGCCCAGCGCCGCAUACUUCUUCAUCGUCGAGCGGAUCUCGGACUGUAUCCAGUCCCAGCGAGGGUGAGGUGGAUCGUAAGUGGGUGAAGAAGACGAUCCGUCAGGAGAUUAAGAAGGCCUUCGGCAAAUUCGUGGAGAAACUGAAGAGCAAGGGUAAAAAGGAUAGGUGCAAGAAGAGCAAACAUUUCCGAGUGCCCGACUCCCCUGAUGAUGAUGACCAGCGACGGUCCCCUGAUGAUUACCAGCCACGGUCUCCUCCACAGCGACGGUCUCCUCCACCCAGUGCUUCAGGGCCCGACGCUUCAGGGCCAAGCGUUUCACGUUCCUGCGACGACGACCCCCGCGGUGAGGAACCACGCCAUCCAGAGACCCAGGAUUACAACGAGCAGUGGCGGGCCAUGAAUCAGUCUGUUCAGGGCGACUACACACCAGCGGAGCAGACUUUUGACUGGUCGACCCAGGUCUACCCUCAUUGGUCUUCCCCAUUCCUGAAGCCGCAGUAUAGAACAGAGACCCCGAUAUUCUUUGCUGAACCGCUCACUUCUAUUGCACCACAUGAGUGGGGACAGUCCAGUUCGGCAGGACAGGCUCAGACGGAGGAGCCUGAGCCACAGGCAGAGCAGCCACAGGUACUGCUGCUGCAGCACCUAGAGCAGCCGCCGGCAGAGCAGCCGCCAGCAGAGCAGCCGCCGGCAGAGCAGCCGCCAGCAGAGCCCCCGCGUCGCAGUCAGAGGGUGAGGCGUCCGUCUAACUAUCAGCGAUCGCCUUGGGUUAAUAGCCAAAUGCCACGUCCAGUGACACAAGUCUGCAGUGACCAUUAUGAGAAGUGGAUGGCUAGGUGUCGAGAGGGUAGGGGUCGUGAGAUUUAUGUCAAGGCAAGUGGUGGUUUGCGAGAGUACGACGACUUCGCGCGGGUGGAUAAUGUCAGCCAGGAAUUCACAACUGGGGAUAUUGACUUGUAUUUCUUAAGCUUGAGAAAUAGACUUCGAGCUUCAGCAGAUUUACUGGAUGACGUAGAUAUGAAUAACACAAUCAUAUUAGACACGGAUUGGUUUAUAUACCUCCAGGGCGAGUGGGACGCUCUAUUGGAGAAGUGGGCAAGAAGUGAGUUUACUCCAGAGGAGUAUCAUAUAUUGACGCAUGGAGCAGUAGCUGAUGGUUGGCAGCCCCGGAUAGACUGGCUCUGCCAAAUACGUGGAAAAGCCGUUAAGGGCCAUGAACUUCCUCCUGGUCAUAUAGGAUGGAUGGAUGCCACACAGGUUCUCAUGCCAGUCAUAAUUGGCCACCAUUUUGUCCUAUGUCGGAUCCGGUUAGGAGAAUUGGUUUGCGAGGUCUAUGACCCAGUAUUCCACAAGCUAUCACCUCGACAGCAGGAUGGUCGAGUUGGUGAACUACUGCCUUUACUGAGAUUGUUGCCAAUUGUCCUUCAGUUGGCGAGGUGGCUAGACGACACAUCCAUUGAUUCGACAGUGGCAAAGGAGAAGUACCCACUUAUGACGGCGGUGUUUGCUCCAGCGGAGGUUCAGUUUCACCAGCAGGACUCUGUCAGCUGCGGGCCUUUCGUCUGCAUGUAUGCAGAACGACUGAUAUCUGGCUCUCCAUCCAUUGAGUGGGGUAACCACAACGUGGCGGCAUACAGGGCCAAGAUUGCUAGAUCUAUAUUUUCGUUGUGUGAAACUAGGACACAUCGUAUCACUAGACUUGGUUUUGCAUAGUUUUGUAUAUUGUUACAUUAAUGUGUGCUUCUAUUUGGUUAUUCAACGAGCAUUAUUUCCUGUAAAUCAUUCCAGCUUAUCGAAUAAUAAGAUAAUUCAAUCAAUAUCA